AUGAAAGUUGAAAUUUAUCUAACAAUAAGAUUACAAAAAGACUUCAAGAUAUCUCUUGCUAAGGAAAAAAGAGAAGGUAUUUCUCGAACAGAUAAAAUUACUUCAAAAUCAAAAGCAAAGGAUAAUUCAAAUCAACCUUCAGAAUUCAAAGUAAAAAACAAUUCAAAUCAACUUUCAAAUAAAGUUAAAAUUUUACAAAUAGGAAAAGUAGAUCAAUUACAAAAAUCAGUCUCUUUGGUAAAAAAAUCAAUGGAUACCUUUGUAAGAAAAUAUAUAUGUGAAGAUUGGAUUCUGAUAAAAAAGAAAGUUAAUAAAAUUACGUUAUAUAUGAGCAAAAAAUUAUUGGAUUGA